AAAUUACCAAAUUCAGAACAACUAAUAAUCAAAAAGAGAAACUAUUUUGCCCCUCUUUUUUUCCAAUUUUUUGGACAUAGGCCAAUUAAAGUGUAUAAGACAAAACUACUGUAUUUCUUUACACUUGAGACUAGAGGGUUUAAGCACAUAAUUAUCAAUUAUAGAAUAAUUUGACAAGGUAAGUGGGUGCACCAAAUUCUCUCUAUUGUUAGACACAGUACUUGAUUAGACACCUAAUCCAAAAAUACAACUUAGUAUAAACGAGCAAGAGACCUCACCACCCUAUAGUCACAACACAACCAUCAAAAGCUUCACUCUAGGGAAGAACGAACAAGAGAAGUGCAGUAAGAUGAAGUUGCACAGCACAUAUUGUAGCCUUUUCCUCAAACUAACCUUCAUUUUAGCGUUUACAGCUUGUUUAGCAAAUGCAGCGGUCCACCAUCAUGAGUUUGUUAUUCAACCAACGCCAGUGAACAGGCUUUGUCAAACCCAGCACGUUAUGACUGUGAAUGGUCAGUUUCCAGGGCCAACCCUGGAGGUACACAAUGGAGACACCCUAAUCAUCAAAGUAACAAAUGCUGGCAAAUAUGAUAUCAGUCUCCACUGGCAUGGAAUCCGCCAAAUGAGAAACCCAUGGGCAGAUGGACCCGAGUAUGUAACACAAUGCCCAAUGAAACCUGGAGUAAGCUACACGUACCGGUUCACCAUUGAGAACCAAGAGGGAACACUAUGGUGGCAUGCUCACAGCAAAUGGCUAAGAGCUACUAUAUAUGGAGCUCUAAUCAUAUACCCCAAACAGGGAUCUUCAUAUCCCUACCCAAAACCCAAAAGAGAAUUUCCUCUUAUUCUAGGGGAAUGGUGGAACAGAGAUCCAAUGCAUGUUCUUCGACAAGCAAAAAUAACAGGAGCAGCUGCAAAUGUGUCAGAUGCAUAUACUAUCAACGGUCAACCUGGUGAUCUAUAUCCAUGUUCCAACAAAGAUACAACCAUAUUUCCUGUCGAAGCUGGUGAGACAAUUCUUCUCCGAAUCAUCAAUGCUGCACUCAAUCAACAACUCUUUUUUUCAAUUGCCAACCACCAAAUGACAGUUGUUGAAGCGGAUGCAAUUUACACCAAGCCCUUCAUCACCAAUGUUGUGAUGAUAGGGCCAGGACAAACAACCAAUGUCCUAGUCACUGCUAACCAACCACCAGGCCACUACUACAUGGCAGCUACGGCCUACUCCAGUGCUCCUAAUGUAGCCUAUGACAACACCACCACAACUGCAAUUCUUGAAUACAAGUCUGCUGCUUGCAAAUCCAAAACAGGAAGUCCUAUGAGACCAAUUCUUCCACAACUACCAGCCUGGAACGAUACUAACACCGCAAAUGCAUUUAAAGCUCAAUUUAGGAGUCUUUCCAAGGGGAGGGUCCCGCUUGAGAUUCAUGAGAACCUAUUUUUCACAAUCAACCUCGGGCUGAUAAACUGUUCAGGUCCAAGUUUCCGUUGUCAAGGCCCCAACAACACCAGGUUUACUGCUAGCAUGAAUAACGUAUCCUUUGUUUUCCCGAAAAGGAAUUCCAUAAUGCAGGCUUUGUACCAAAAUACUCCAGGUGUCUUCACAACAGACUUUCCUCCAGUGCCUCCAUUGCAAUUUGAUUACACAGGCAACGUAAGCCGAGGGCUGUGGACACCUGCACGAGGGACUAAACUAUACAAGUUGAAGUAUGGUUCUCAUGUACAAAUCAUUUUACAAAGUACGAAUAUUGUCACAAUUGAGGACCAUCCAAUGCAUCUCCACGGAUACCAUUUCUUCGUCGUUGGCAGUGGCAAAGGUAACUUCAAUCCAAGAACAGAUCCUGCCAGAUUCAAUCUGGUUGACCCACCAGAAAGGAACACAAUUGGAACCACACCUGGUGGAUGGGUUGCCAUCCGAUUUGUGGCUGAUAACCCAGGGGUUUGGCUGAUGCAUUGUCACCUUGAUGUUCAUAUUGGUUGGGGCUUGGCUAUGGCCUUCUUGGUUGAGAAUGGUGUUGGUAAACUAAAUUCCGUAGAGCCUCCUCCACCACAACUUCCCCAAUGUUAAUUUACAGGAGUCAACUUUUCAGGAAGGGAUAGGGUAUCCCAAGUCACAAGCCUAUGAGACAUUUUUCAUCCAAAUUUUAAGCACUCAUUUUCAGUAUCGUCACUUUUUUUUUUUAAUUCAAGGCUAUGGAACAAGGUACAGAGCAAGCCCAGUCGCCAGAUGAUCUUAUUUGUGAGGUUUAUAUUGUAAUGUAAACAAGCUGUUCAUAUUAAAGUAUUGCAGUGGCAACAAGUUUUGCCAAUAAAUAUUCUUGUUACUCUCACUCUCUCUCUCUCCCCCCAAAAAACAAUG